AGGAGGAGGAGGAGGAGGAGGAGGAGCUGUUCCCAGCAGGAUGCGAUGGGGAACUGCUGGGCGCAGUGGUGCUGCGGGCUGUUCUUCCGGAGGGACGCGGGCCGGCUGCAGCGCGGCGGAGGAUCCAAGUAUUUUAGAACGUGUUCAACAGGAGAACACUUCACCAUAGAGUUUGAGAACCUCGUGGAAAGUGAUGAGGGAGAAAGCCCAGGAAGCAGUCACAGACCUCUGACCGAGGAAGAAAUUGCUGACUUGAAAGAGAGACACUACGACUCCAUUGCUGAAAAGCAGAGAGUUGUUGACCUGAAGCUUCAGUCAGAGUUAGCCUUACAAGAGGAGAAGUUAAGACUAGAAGAGGAGGCUUUAUAUGCUGCACAACGUGAAGCAGCCAGGGCAGCAAAGCAGAAAAAGCUCUUGGAGCAACGUAGGCAGCAAAGGAUAACUCAGAGAGCACAUGCUGUAAAUAAUGGAGAGUUUCAGAGCUCUGUGGCAGAGGAGGAUCUCGAUCCUUUCUUAAGGAACACAAAAUUCCAGUACGAAGCUUUUCGAAGCAGCAGGCUUUCCUCUGAUGCCACAGUGCUGACACCCAACACAGAGAGCAGCUGCGACUUAAUGACCAAAACCAAGUCAGUGAGUGGGAACGACGACAGCACCUCCUUAGAUUUAGAGUGGGAAGAUGAGGAAGGUAUUUAUGACUCCAGUUUCAUUCUGAAUGUAUAA